AUGGACCAAAUAAUGGGAGGCGGCGAAGGAGGGUUCCCGCUCGAGACGUGGUUUUGGGAGAUGCCGUUCUGUACGCGCUGGUGGACAACGGCGACGGUCCUGACGAGUGGACUAGUGCAGUGCCAGCUUGUUACGCCGUUCCAGCUCUUCUACAGCUACCGAACAGUAUUCCAGAAGUCAGAGUACUGGCGUCUCCUCACGACCUUCCUCUACUUCGGCCCCAUCUCCAUCGACCUCCUCUUCCACGUAUAUUUCCUCCAGCGCUACGCCCGGCUGCUCGAAGAGUCCUCGGGCCGGUCGCCCGCCUACUUCUCCUGGCUACUCGUCUACGCCAUGACCAGCCUCCUGCUCCUCUCCCCGUUCGUCUCGAUGCCCUUCCUCGGCCACCCGCUGUCCUCUACGAUGGUGUACAUCUGGUCGCGCCGCAACCCGGACACGUUGAUGAGCUUCUUGGGGCUGCUUGUCUUCCGCGCGCCCUACCUGCCGUGGGUGCUGAUGGGGAUUAGCUUUGUGCUGCAUGGCACCGUGCCCAAGGAUGAGCUUAUGGGGGUCAUUAUUGGACAUGUGUGGUACUUUUUUAAUGAUGUGUACCCACCGCUGCAUGGGGGGUCCCGACCGCUGGAUCCGCCCAUGUUUUGGCGCCGGUUGUUUGAAGGACGACCCCGCGAGGAGACAGCCAACGGCAUCAAUAACGAGAUCGCCAUGGCUGGGGCUGAAUUCCCACCACCAGAGGUACGGUAA